UGUACGUUCGUUUACAUCUUUCAUCGAUGUACAUUCGUUUACAUUUUUCAAUGACCUGUGCAAGUAUUGUUUUCGUGCAAUGAAUAGAAUUGAUGUCACAGAGGACUAGCAUUGGGUGAAAUCCCGAGUACAGAAGUAAUGGUAGCAGGGACGAAGCUACAAGGUGAUUGUUAGUGGAUUAUAGCAUUGCUUUUGGCCGAUAGUUCGCUUCUUCGUAUUUGUUUACUAUUUUUCACUGAAACCCAAGUGUCGUCUCAUCUCAUCUCAAAUAUUACAUUACUCGACACGCAAGCUCAUCAUCACUUGCAUUGAAUGAAUAAAUAAUGAUAAAAGGAAGUGGACAGCUGCGCUAUACUUAUACUGACGGAUGGAAAUUGUUGGUUAGUAAAGAAGGAAAGAGACGAAAGGAAAGCAAAACAAGUUUUGGAGAAUUUCAGGGGAAGGACUCCCCAGCCUGCGAAAUCUCAGGGGAAGGACUCUCCGGCCACAUAUAAAUACCCUCUCUCCUUUCCCUUCAUUAUUCUUGUGCCUUCUCCUUCUCCUCCUUCUUCUUCUCACUAAAUUCUCUUUCUCUCUUCCCUUUCACCGGCAGAGUCGAUCGUUUUCCCGUCGCCAUGACCAUCCUCAUCCAUCAGCCUGACGUUGUGGCGGAAGUGGAGGAGAAGAACGGUGCAGAGGAGGAGUUGGUGCUAGAUGGCGGAUUUGUGGUGCCAAACAUCAACUCUUUCGGCCAGACAUUUAGAGAUUAUGAAGCCGAAGGGGACAGACAACCAGGAGUGGAGAAUUUCUACAAGACCAAUCACAUCCACCAAACCUACGACUUCGUCAAGAGGAUGAGACAAGAGUAUGGCCAAUUGAACAGGGUCGAAAUGAGCAUAUGGGAGUGCUGCGAGCUUCUAAACGACGUCGUCGACGAGAGCGACCCUGACUUGGACGAGCCACAGAUCGAGCAUCUCCUCCAGACUGCCGAAGCCAUCAGGAAAGACUACCCCGACGAGGACUGGCUACACUUGACCGGCCUCAUUCAUGAUCUUGGGAAGGUUCUGUUGCUGCCUAGCUUCGGUGAGCUACCACAGUGGGCUGUGGUGGGAGAUACAUACCCUGUUGGAUGCGCCUUCGACGAAUCCAUUGUUCAUCACAAGUAUUUUAAGGAGAAUCCUGAUUACUAUAAUCCUGAUUACAACACCAAGUACGGAGCUUACUCCCCAGGAUGUGGACUCGACAGUGUCAUGAUGUCGUGGGGACACGACGAUUACAUGUACCUUGUUGCUAAGGAGAACAAGACAACCCUUCCAUCAGCGGCUCUGUUCAUCAUCAGAUACCAUUCAUUCUAUGCAUUACAUAGAGCAGAAGCAUACAAGCACCUAAUGAAUGAACAGGAUGUUGAAGACCUCAAGUGGCUCCAAGUCUUCAACAAGUAUGAUCUUUACAGCAAGAGCAAAGUCCGAAUCGAUGUCGAGAAAGUCAAGCCAUACUAUCUAUCUCUCAUUGAGAAGUACUUCCCUGCAAAGCUAAAAUGGUGAACCCUACAAAACGUCGGGUUCACGGUGCGCAUCAUGCCAACAGGGAAGAGCAUUUGAGGAUCGACGGAUGUCACAAGAAGUAGCAGAACUACUAUAAUGUAGCCCUUUGUUUCAAAUAAGUAGUACCAGUACUAUUAUUAUUAUAUGUCUGUGUUUUCAUGGCCUCUUUGUAGAUAAUGAGAGAAAAUCCUAGAUAAUGGUGUAGUGUACCCUAAGUUUGGCCUUUAGCCAAUAAAAAAUAAGAACAUUUUGU